AUGCCCUCGCAGAUAGACGUUAUAGAUUCCCAUAUUGCUUCCAGUGAAAGGGAAAAGUACAAUGAACUUCUCGCACUGGAGAUACAGCAGUCCAAUCGUUCGUAUUGGAAGUUCUCCACAGUCACCGGUGUGUUCAAACAAUCAUUAACUGAAACCAACGAAGCCACUUUUGACUAUUCAAAGGAAAGGUUCGGAUUAAACUUGGAAUCCUGGGAUAAGGUGUUUGAUUAUGUCCAUGAGCUUAACGCCACAGCCGAAAGUGACAAUGUUCGGUACAAGGUACUUUUUCUAGCUAGACACGGACAAGGAUACCAUAAUUUGGCACAUUCUCAAUACGGAGAUGAUGCUUGGAAUAAUUAUUGGUCGAAAUUAACCGGCGAUGGGAAGAUUGUAUGGGGACCCGAUGCUUUAUUGACCAACUUAGGGUUAUCUCAAGCCCAUAAGAAUGGCGAAUUAUGGAACCAAGAGAUAGCUAAAGGGUUAAAAGUCCCUCAACGGUGGUUUGUUAGUCCUUUAAGUCGCAGUAUUGAUACAAUGAUCCAUACAUGGACGGAUUUGGAUUUAGUUGAUUUGAAGACCGUUCGGCCCUUAGUGAUGGAAAAUAUCAGAGAACAAAUGGGGGUUCAUACUUGCGAUAAAAGACUGCCACGAUCAGUAAUUGACUAUAAAUAUUGUCCCUUGGGGAUCGAGAUAGAAGACGGGUUUGUGGAACAAGAUAUCUACUAUCAAGAUGAUUAUCGAGAAUCAACGGCUGAACAAGCCAUUCGACUCAACAAGAGUCUCCAAGAUAUAUGGGGAAAGUACACCACCAAGGAAGAGUCAAAUAUUUGUAUAACCAGUCAUAGUGGUAGUAUUCGGAGUCUGUUACUAGUGUUGGGCCAUCGUCCGUUUGCCAUUGGUACAGGAGGAGUUAUCCCCGUUCUUGUAAAGGGAGAGUUCAUCACUAAUGAACAAUAG